AAGAUGAAACUCUUGGAACACCAUUUCAAUAUUUCUCUUUCUUUCUUUGUUUCUCUCUGCAACUUUGGCUCUCUCUUUCUCUCAUGCCUCCUUCUCCCAAUGACUACUCAUCACUACUCUCUCUGAGCCUUGCUGGUUAGGUUCCCUGUCUCUGCUCAGAGACUCUGAACCUUUUCUUUUCUCUCAUUUGCUCUCUGUAAAGCCUACCUAGGAAACAAAACAAUCACACUCUAUUUUCCUAUUUUAAUUUCCUUUCUGUCAUUUCAUUCCUCCUCUUAUCUCAGAUCUAUUACUAUACCACCUCCCUUCCUCUGUUCCUUAGAUCUUUCAUUAUUACAACUUACAACAACAGCAACCUUUGUUUGUUCUGUUGGUGGUUCUAAACAUGAGUAAAGAAGAAUUUUUGAAGAUACAGAAAUGUGUUCUUAAAGUGAACAUACACUGUGAUGGGUGUAAGCAGAAAGUGAAGAAAAUCCUGCAGAAAAUUGAUGGGGUGUUUACUACUGAGAUAGAUGCAGAACAGGGGAAGGUCACAGUUUCAGGGAAUGUGGACCCAAAUGUUCUCAUCAAGAAGCUUGCAAAAUCAGGGAAACAUGCAGAGCUUUGGGGUCCUCCCAAAGCUAACAACAACAACAAUAAUAAUCAAAAUAAUCACAACCAGAAUCUGGUUAACCAGUUGAAGAACAUGCAAAUUGACCAUGGCAAAGGUGGUGGUAACAACCAACCUAAGGGUGGUGGUGGUGGUCAGAAUCAGAAGGGUGGUGGUGGUGGUGGUAACAACCAGCAACAGCAGCUGCCUAAGGGAGGAGGUGGUCAGCAAGGGCCAACUCAGCAGCAGAUUCAGCAGCACCUGCAGCAACUUCAGCAGAUGAAGAGGCUCCAAGAUCUGAAUCUGCCUCAAUUGAAACCCCAGCAACAGCAGCAUCCCAAUCAGAAUCCCCACAACAUGAUCACUAAACAAGUCAAAUUUGAAGAUGAUGAUGACUUCUCUGAUGACGAGUUAGAUGAAUUUGAUGAUGAAGAUGAUGACGAUGAGUUUGAUGAUGAGUGUGAUGAUGAUGAAAUGGAUGAUCUUCCUCCAAUGAAGAUGAAGCCACAGGGGCAGCCACCUCCAGGGAACGCUCAAGCGAUGUUGAAUGCUAUGAUGAAUGGUAAACACCCACAGUUCAUGAACCCUCAGAUGGGUGGGAACAAUGGCGGUGGAGGAAAUGGGAAGAAAGGUGGUGGAGGUGGUGGUGGUGGACCGGUCCCUGUUCAAGUACAUGGCAUGGGUGGAGGCAAUGAUGGUAAGAAUGGAGGGAAGAAAGGUGGUGGCGGCGGCGGCGGCGGCGGCGGUGGAGGUAACAAUCCGAAUCCGAAUGGAGGUAACAAGAAUAAUGGUGGUGGCAAAAAUGGUGGUAUGCCAGAGGGUAAAAAUGGCAAGAAUGGUGGUGGGAACAGCAAUAACAAUGGUGGUGGUGGGGGUAAAAAGGGAAAUCCAAUGCAAAUGGGUGAUGGUGCUGCUGCAGCAGUUCAAGCAAUGAAAAACAGUGGAUUCCACCAAAGCAUGGGUGGAGGAGGUGGUGGUGGUGGAAGUGGGGGUCGGCCUGGCAUGCCAGGAGGCAAUGUAGGGCCCAUGAGCAUGGCAAUGAACCACCCACAAACGGGUAACAUCCCAGCCGUACAAGGUCUGCCGGCAGCUGCCGUGAACGGCGGUGGAUACUUCCAAGGUGGUGCUGGUCCCGAUGUGAUGCCUGGAAAUCCCUACCAACAACAACUACAGCAACAACAACAGCAGAUGCAGCAGCAACAGUACAUGGCAGCCAUGAUGAACCAGCAAAGAGCAAUGGCAGCUGGAGGAGGAGGAGGAGGAGGUAUCCAACAACCGAUGAUGUACGCGCGGCCACCUCCGGCCGUCAAUUACAUGUACCCUCCUCCUUACACUUACCCUCCUCAAGACCCCUACACCCACUUUUUCAGUGAUGAGAACACUUCAAGCUGCAAUGUCAUGUGAUGAUAGAUAUUGAUGAAUGAUGAUGAUGAAGCUCCUUCAGUACUUCUGAUUUGAUGAUGCUAUGUUGUACCAGUGAAAAUGAGAGUUUUUAAUUUUAUUUUGCUUUAAUUUUUUUUUUCUCUUUUGAAGAACCCUUUAAAUCAUCCUAAGUUACAUUACCAUAGAGAGGGGGAGUAGUUUAUAGAUCUCUUAUAAUGUUUACCUUAUUACUAUCACCAAUGUUUUCAGGUAGUAAUAGUAGUAUUAUGAUAAUGUCUAUAUAUUGUCAAUAUGUUGGAGAAACCAAUAAAAAUUUUCUGAAAUGAAGGAAAGACAAUAGAGAAUGGGAUGAUGAAGAACAAAAUUCCCAUUUCUCUUGCUCAUUUCUCACAA